UAAAGAACUCCACUCCCUAAACUCCAAAAUCCUCCUUUCCUUUUCCCAUCAAAUGACCAAUCCCACCACAAUUCUUCAACUUGCAACCACCACCACCACCUCCAAAAGGCUGAAGCGCCACCACCUCACGACGGAGGACGACCGCCAUCAGUCUUUACUUCCCGGAAUUCCUGACCAUAUAGCCCAACUCUGCCUUUCUCUCGUCCCCCCUUCCCUUCUCUACUCCGUUUGCCAUUCUUGGCGCCGCCUCAUUUAUUCUCCUUCUUUCCCUCCUUUUCUCUCUCUCUACGCUCUCUUCUCACCUACUGAUACUGAAUCUCAACCCCAUCUCUCAAACUCGGUUGAAUUCUGCUCUUUUGAUCCGAUCUCGUGUAAAUGGCAGCUUCUCCCUGCCCCGCCGGCUGCCCCGCCGCUUCGGUUCCUCUUCCGCCACCCUUCCUUCAUACCCCGGAAGCUACCUAUCCAAUCCGUCGCCGCUUCCGGCAACCUCGUCGUGCUCGCAGCCACCGACGAUAACUUCCUGCCUGCCCUAUCCCAACCCCUCGUUUUCAACUCGUUGUCUAAAAAAUGGGCGCGCGGUCCCCCACUCCCCGCGCCGCGCCGGUGGUGCGCCGCCGGCACGACAAGGGGAGCUGUCUAUGUCGCGAGCGGGAUUGGGUCCCACUACAACACCGACGUCGCACGGUCGGUCGAGAAGUGGGACUUAACCAAUCAGUGGCAACGCGGCUGGAUUUGGGAGAAGAUGGGAAAGCUUAAGGACGGGAAGUUCAGCCGUGAUGCGAUCGAGGCCGUUGGUUGGAGAGGGAAAUUAUGCAUGGUGAACGUGAAAGGAGACGCGGCGAAGGAAGGGAUAAUCUACCACGUGGAAAAGGAUUCGUGGGAGGAGAUGCCGGAGGGGAUGCUGGCGGGGUGGAGGGGUCCGGCGGCGGCGAUGGAGGAGGAGACUAUCUACGUGGUGGAUGAGUCGAAAGGCUCGUUGAAAAAGUAUGAUCACGUGAAGGACGCGUGGGUGGAGAUGGUGGAGAAUGAGAUGCUGAAAGGGGCGCAGCAGGUGGUGGCGGCCGGUGGGAGGGUGUGUGUUUUGUGUGCAGAUGGUGCGAGAAUCACGGUGGUGGAUGUGGCGUCGCCGCCGCCGGCGAGACAGUGGGUGGUGCAUGUUCCGUCCGGGUUCCAAGUUGUGGCGGUUCACAUCUUGCCUAGAUUAAGCCACUCCGAUUUUCGGUCCAAGUAAACAGAUUUUUCAUCCAUUUUUUUACUAUAAACACAAAUAUAUUAUUAUUCCAUUAAUUUGGAUAAAAUCCACAUUUUGAUUUUUUUCUUUUUGCUUUUUUAUUUGAUGUUGAAAUACAUAAAUAAUGAAUGCUCAUCUGAAAAUUGUGUACGCGGAAUGAAUUUUUAAUUU